AUGCGGGAGCUCCGCAAAAAUGGCAAUAAUUGGGACAUACCCAAUGCUAAAUACUACACCAGCGCCUGGACUGGCGGAAGCGGCGCCACUAUGGGACAGGGGCACGGACACACACACCACAUGGAGUGCUACCCGGGGAACCCGGGGACCUCUGCGACUGGUCCCUCGGGAAACCAUACUAAGACGACACCUAAACGCAUUUACUUGUCUAUACUUUCCUAUCUCUCAUCUCUACCUACCUAUUACAAGCAGGCACUCCAGACUCGCAAGCUGGUGAAAGAGGAGUCAGGCUUCAAUACGCUUAUGCUCUGCAGACAAUGGGGGAAGUCGGGGGAACAGUCACAGGCCCCAAGAGGUCUGGGACUGCGACUCUACUCCCUACGCCUACCCCUCCACACUACCACCAUUGUAUAUAGUUAA